AUGCAGUCCAUCAAGCGUGCCUUGCUCCUUCUUGGAGCUGUCCUCCCCGCGGUUCUCGGUGCCCCUGUGCAGGAGGCUCGCCGGGAUGUUGACAAGCUUCCGGGAAAGUACAUCGUUGCCUUCAAGUCCGGCCUUGAGGAGGCGAAGAUUCAGGAGCAUACAACCUGGGCUACUAAUCUUCACCAGCGUAGCCUGGAACGCCGUGAUGUCGCUGCUGGUGAUCCCCCUGCCGGUAUUGAGCGCAAGUACAAGAUCAAUAAGUUCGCCGGCUAUGCAGGCUCCUUCGAUGAUGCUACCAUUGAGGAGAUCCGCAAGAACGAGGAUGUUGCCUACGUCGAGGAGGACCAGCUCUUUUACCUCGUUGGUCUGACCACCCAGAAGGGUGCUCCUUGGGGCCUGGGGAGCAUUUCCCACAAGGGUCAGGCGAGCACUGACUACAUCUACGACACCAAUGCCGGCGCGGGUACCUAUGGCUACGUGGUGGACAGCGGUGUCAACGUUGGCCACCAAGAGUUCGAGGGCCGGGCCAGCCUUGCCUACAAUGCUGCUGGCGGUCAGCACGUUGAUAGCAUUGGACAUGGGACUCACGUUUCCGGCACCAUUGCUGGAAAGACUUUCGGUGUUGCCAAGAAGGCCAACAUUCUGUCGGUCAAGGUUUUCCAGGGCCAAUCAGCCAGCACCUCCGUCAUUCUUGAUGGAUUCAACUGGGCCGCCAAUGACAUUGUUAGCAAGAAGCGUACCAACAAGGCUGCGAUUAACAUGAGCUUGGGCGGUGGCUACUCUCAGGCUUUCAACGAUGCGGUCGAGAGUGCAUUUGAGCAGGGUGUUCUCUCGGUUGUCGCUGCCGGUAACGAGAACUCUGAUGCCAGCGACACCAGCCCCGCUUCUUCUCCUAAUGCCCUCACUGUUGCCGCUAUCAACAAGAGCAACACCCGUGCCUCCUUCUCCAACUACGGCGAUGUCGUCGACGUCUUUGCUCCCGGCCAGGAUAUUCUUUCUGCCUGGAUUGGCUCGUCUUCUGCUACCAACACCAUCUCCGGUACCUCCAUGGCCACUCCCCACAUUGUCGGUCUGUCCCUCUACCUGUCUGCUCUUGAGAACCUCAGUGGCCCCGCUGCCGUGGCCAAGCGCAUCAAGGAGUUGGCCACCAAGAAUUUUAUUGGAUUUUUCUGUCUCUCCAAAAUGAACGCCAAAAUGCCUGAGAUUACUAUGUCUCAGUUUGAGACAGACAAAGGCAUUUUGGAAUCGCAUUUGAGACAAUAUGGCCUGCAGGUCGCGGCUGACGGAUUCCAUAUCCGAUGGGCCAAAGGGAAUCAGCGGCAUCCUCGCAAUUGGAGCAUUAUACGGAAAGCUUAUGACACCAGCUUGAUUAUCUUCCUUGAGCUUUUCACAACUGCCAUCAGUGCUUCAGGCUCUACCGCUGCCAAGGAUGCUCUCAGUGAAUUCAACAUCGAAAAGGAAUUGUCCAUAUUUGUCUUUGUAUCAAUAUAUUUAUUGGGCCAGGGCCUCGGUUCUAUCGUUUUCCCUCCAUACUCAGAAGCGUUCGGACGCAAGAACCUCUAUGUACUCAGUACGGCGUUAUAUAGUAUCUCCUGUGCCAUCGUGGCUGCUGUUCCGUCCAUGUCUGGGGUUAUCAUAGGUCGCCUUCUAAGUGGGAUUUUCUCAGCGAUUCCGACCACAGUUGUGAUUGGCAGCAUUGAGGACAUGUUCAAUUCUCGAGAUCGGGUUUGGGUGCUUUGCCUCUGGGCAAUAGUAGCUAACCUGGGUUUGGUGACCGGGCCCAUCUUGAGUACAUUUAUCAUUACGGAUCUCAACUGGCGGUGGUUAUUCUAUGUGGCUGCCAUUGUGACUGGUCUUCUGACCUUCAUCCUACUGACCAUUCGCGACGCCAUUGCCGUUGCUUUGGUCUACCUCUUCACAGAAGCUCUACCUCCAAUCUAUCAGUCUUUCAACUUCACCACAAGACAAUCAUGUCUCCCUUUCAUUGCGAUUGGGGUUGGUCUCACCUUCGGGUUCUUGACCCGUUAUAUCGAUCUGCAUAUAAUCGACAAGCACCGCCAGAAGGGCCAACCACUCCUGCCUGAGCACAAGCUAACAGGCUUCUGGAUUGGAGCGUUCGUCCUCACCGUGGCACUCUGGGCUUUCGCCUGGACUAUUCCUCCCCAAGUGCCUAACUUGCACUGGAUAGUGUCUGUCCUUUGCCUGGUGCUGAUAGGAUAUUCCCUGAACGAGAUCGAGUACGUACUGGGCGGUUACUUAACCGAUAGCUACCUCAGCUAUGCAGCCAGUGGGCUGGCUGCACUUAGUCUUGUCCGAGCUGUUUUGUCCGCUAUUUUGCCGCUCAUCGCACCACCAAUGUUCACAAAUCUCGGGAACAAUAUGGCUAUUUCCGUGCUAGCAGCCAUUGCGACCAUGUUCUGUGCUGUCCCGCCGCUAUUUUCACGGUUUGGGGAGAAGAUCCGGGCCAGGAGCCAAUUCGCAAAGUACAGCUUACGCAUGUAUAAUGAGCAUAGUGUUGACGAGGAUGGGUAUUAA